CUUUCCGAACUCGCGUGUCGCAGGGAAUGUUGGUCGCAAGAGUAGAACCUCCAGAGAUAUGGGAGGCAGUCAGAGUUCAUCUGUGCGUCACCUGCGAUCAGAUAAAAGCUCUGGAGCUGGAGGCUACAGUCAUUUCUGUGCUGUGGUUGAGCUUCACUGCAAUUUGAGAACCAACAUAACCUCCUUAGAACUACUUGAUCAUGCUGCAACACACUUCACGCCCGGUCACUAUCUGUUGGUUCGCAAUAUUGUGUUACGGCCAACUCACCAGCAAACGCAGGUUGUUAACACACUAUGUGAUACGAAACAUACGCAUCCACCUCUAAGGGCCGCACGCUUCAACACACUUCUCAUGGCCGAUCUCAGCACCCUUGCUCUAAUGACCACGUCGAGAGCAUACACCUUGAAGCCGCGCCCCAAGAACCUGUCAACUACAGCUACCCUCAUCCACCGACUUCGGCAUCCUUUGCGCAUGCAGUGUGUUCGCCAGCCUUCUCUGCUUCCCUCCAACUCUGGCUCGGUACGCGCCGAGUCUGUUCAGCGACACCCGAGGGUCGCAGAUGAGUGGCUCGAAGGGUUGCCAUACGAACUGAUCGAGGUCGAAGACCAAGGCGAGUAUACUGAACAACGGUACGGUAACGUGGACGUGUAUUGGAACAGCGUCAUGGUGGAAGCAAGUCCUGACGAACAGGAAAGGAGACGCGUAGCCAAGGAAGGCAAGAGGCGAGAGAAGAGACACGGUCGCGUUUUCGACAACACUGAGCAGCUCUACCAGGCGUACAACAAUCGUCCACGAAACAAUGAGGCAAGACAAUUCAGAGCAGUACCAGAACCUGCAAGGUCCCUCGACAAUGCUCCCUCAAUACCAGCGCGACCCGACGGAUGCUCCCACCCUGUUAGCCAGUCUCAACAUGACGCUGACGAGGACCGCUUUAUUACUCUCACCGAAAGAACAAGUGUUGCCAACCUCAAUGCAUAUCAAGCAGACAGCUCUCGACUAACGUGGAACUCAGCGCUCACCCAGAUCCUAGCCAGCCCCGGUGUUGAUCCUUCAAUAUCUUCAGCGAUCAGAGCGCGAGCGCGUAGUACAUCUGGAACUAAGCAUGGGGGCACUGAUGAAGUAGACAUGCGUGAAGUCAGCAUGGUCCCGAACUUCAGUUACCCUGUUGCAAAUGUACGCUGGUACGAUGCAUGUCAGGCCUCAGACUGGCCUUAUUCCGGUGGUGAGGAGUGCGACAACAACGUCGAAGACGCAAAAAGUCAGGGCCGUCUUCUGAACGGCUGUGGUACCUCUAGGACGGGCACUAAUGACGACGUAAGCUUUCUGGAUCUCACACAAUUAAUUAACAUCGACGAAGACUCGCUGUAUCGCGCGCCUACAACGACACCGGCAGAAAAUAGGAUGUCAGAUCCAGGCUCGAUGCUUCGAGACAUCCUGGAUCCCGAGGAACUGGAGAUGUACCGAGAGAUCAUGAGCCACAACCCUCGAUUUACAGCCUCCCUUGAUCGUACCGAGAAAAGGGCUGAGAACAGGCAAGUUCUCCUGGUCGCGAAGCUGUGUUCGGUAAUUGAGGAUCUGAUAGAAAGGCUUGCUGAACUUGAAGGAUGCGAACAGAGCCGCAAGAUCAAGCAGGAAGUCGACGGGUAUGAGAAUUUGUACAUCAGUGAUGCGGGUAAGUUGGUCAGGGCGUUUGAUCUUAUGGAUCUUGUGCUGGAGGGGUUUUGGGGACGGGAGUGCACGUUGUUGAAUACGCUGCUUGGUGUGAAGGAGCGGAAGGAUAGGUGGAGGAAUGUUUUAUUGAGAUUGUUGACACAGAGGACUGGCACACACGACGGUGGAAGGCCAUAUUCACGGGAAAACGGCACGGACUGUCCCCUUCUCGGCAGUACUGCAAGCUCAUCCGAGUCUGGGGGAAGAAUGAGUAGUAAUGGAUCUCUGGGCAAGAAAGAGCUGGAUGCAUUACUCCUCAUUGCAACCCAGAACGUCACCAUCCUGAGAGAGGACUUGCAGGCCGUUUUUGAGCUGCUCGAAGAAGGCGAGGACAAGACUUAAAGCUGUAAAGACGUUGAUUGUAAUGCUCACACGGAACCCU